CGCGCGGCAAGCGUGUAUUGGCCAUACAAUGUAUUCUAUCUAAACUAACCUUUACAAAGUGUUUCGAAAGAUGUUUAUGAUAUUUUUGACUCUAUUUUUCUGUUGUGGUGUGUGCGAGAGCGGAGAAGGGGAUCUGGGUUACAGUUUGAAUAUAGGAAAUGCUAUAGAUGUGUUUGCGAAUUAUGGAGAUUUAUCACAAGUAACCCAAGUGGUUUCAGCGGACUAUGAAGAGGACAGCUCGGAAACAGUGGAACCGUUCCGGGAAAAGAAUAUCCGGGUGUUCGAGAACGUCACUAGCAUAGAAUCCCCAGGGGAUCCGAUGGUAGCUCUGAACAUACAACUUUGUGAAACAUUCGAGGAAUUACUGGCUGCCUACUUCCGGAACUUUAGAAUAGAGGGUACAGAACAACCAUGGAAAGCGUUUUUAGGCGACUGGAUAUACGACGAAAUCAUGAGGACGUUCGGAAUUGAGUACGAAACGCAGACCGAUAAUUGCUGCUACGUGCUAGUAAAGCUUUCGAAAACCCACGAGACCGUUCAGAUGGACUCUACCAAAAAGAUCAGGGUGAAGGAAUAUGUUGAAAGAGCAAUCGAGAAGCUUGACGUCAACGAUACGGCAGCUGUAAGACGGUUCAUGAAGAGUUAUGGGACCCAUUACAUUGACUCGUAUGUUACUGGGAAUUUUAUAUAUCAGGUAUUCAAAUAUAAAAGGUCAGGGUUCCAUCUCUUAAAGACUUACGUCAAGCGAGGCCGGCGUAGGUCCAGCACCGACAACUUGAGAUUCUAUUUCUCUUCGUAUUUCCUCAAACAAGUUGGGGACAUAAGAAUGGCCAGUGGUAACAAAAGAAUAGAAGAAUGGGCUAGAGACAACCUACGUGACAGCCAAUACCUGUUCUCGAGGCCGAGCCUACUUAGACUAUAUUACAACGCCAAAUUAGCAAAUAAACUGAACGAUAUGCUAGACAACGGAGCUCUUUUAGGAUUAAGUCUUAAGAUUUUACAUCCUCUAUUUAAAGAUCGGUACAAACGAGAAAAAUAUGCGGAGAUCGUUGAAAAUGAUAUGAAACUUUGGGAAGUAAAUGCAUAAAUUACAGGAAAAAGUUAAAAUAUGCUAAACAGCGCGGGUAAGAACUUAGCGGUUUUUAUCACGACCUCAAAAAGACCUAUCUUUUUCGAGAAACUCAAGUUAGUUAUGUGUUUGAAAAAUAUUAACAACAUAUAUGUGUUGUAGCAUUUUAAAUAAAAAAUUGCGGAGCCGUUAAGAUUAUACCAGUAUCUUCCUGGCUAUCACUAGCUGCCUUAGCUCAAUCUAGCCAUGGUCCACAAACCAUUUUUGACCCGGGAUAGUCUCUUUUUCUAAAUACGUAAAAAAAUACAAUGUUAUUUAGAUAGAAUCUCAAAUAAACAAAAAAAAAACCUGAUAACAGACUAAAAUAUAAAAUGCAUAUGCAUUUUUUAUUUUUUUAAUACGU